AUGUCGUUUAAGCCCAUGAUCCUGCAUCAGUUCGGUUCCGUUUAUAACUUGAUCAUUCGGCCUGAUUCAACCCAAUUUUUAGAGAAGAAGCUUAGCGAGAUCGCACAAAGGGAUUUUCUGGUAGAAAAAUCCGAAUUAAUUAAGCAGAUAGCGAGGGAGUAUGCAAAAAAUAAUGGUCAAUAUUGUGAUGGUCAAACGUUCAAGGUGCUGAAGAUGGAAAAUCCGCCAUUAGAAUGCGCCGAGGACACAAGGGAAGAAUUGGGCCGUAUCGAUUUUUUGGGAGUUUCAAUUCCCCUGGAGGAUGAGAUGAUUAAAAAAUAUGAAAUCAAAUGGGAUCAUUUGUUUUUCGCCGUGUUAUCAGAUGUCUGGCUGGAUGAAUACAAGGUUCGCGAUGCAUAA